AAAUGAAAUAAAUAAUCACUUUCUCUCUAUUUAUACUUAAGAUUCGUUACUUCCUCUUCGAUCUGCCGCUAUCGUUUGUCGCCGGCGUCGUUCACCCGUUCGCUGCCGCGCUCUGUCCUCUUCUCCGAACCGCCGCCUGCUCCUUUCCGUUACUCCGUUGCCGCAGUCUGCUCUCCGACAAUUUGACAAAACCUUUAGCGCAAGGCUCAAGAAGAGAGCUUUUUACUUCACAAAGAUGGAGGAGAAGAUGAAUAGUAGUAGUACUAAAGCAUCAGCGCUAGAGACUUCACGUUCUCCAUCAGUAUCAAUUCUGCAAGCAUUUUCGGUCCAUCUGAUCUGUGCACUUGGUUUAGCAAUAGCUUUAUGGGCGGUGGCUUACAAUAUCUACUCUAUAAAUCUUGUUUCUGACCCUUCACAUACCCUUUUUCUUAUAUGGGUUGUGGAGACACCGAUCGUUAUUCUUCUUUACAGUUGGUUUCGAUUGAAUCCUGAACAAUGCUCGUACUUAAAAGCAGCAGCACGAGGGGUGGUUGCUAUACCUGUUGGAGCUCUAGUGAAUGCUCUGGGAGCAAUUGUUUUGGGCGCUCCUGUUGGUAUCCAGUACUUACCAAAGACCAUUAAUUGGUCUCUUCUUAUGUCAUCAUUCACAUUUGUGCCUGCAGCGUGUGUAUUUGGUUCAUCAUGGUCUCAUUGGCAACGCAUAUUUGCACAUACAAAGCCAAUCGGAUCUUUAGAGUAUAUGAUUUGCAUACCAGCACACGGGGCCAUAAUUGCAGCUUGGUUUGGGGCUUGGCCUAUGCCACUGGACUGGGAAAGACCAUGGCAGGAAUGGCCAAUAUGUGUAACUUACGGAGCAAUGACUGGUUAUCUGGUUGGAAUGCUAGUAUCUCUCUGUUUCACACUUGCACGCGGGGGACGGCAUCAUCUUAAAGGGGACUAACAUGCUAAAUAAUAAUAGUAUUUCUUCAAGUUUUGUAGCAGCUAGCUUAUGCAAUUUUAAGGACCUACUUAACAUAAUUGAUAUGCAGAAUUUCUGCAUUCUGGUUAUAGCGACUAGUCUCACCCUUGCUUAAAGAGUGAUUGCUUAUAAUUGUAGGAAGGAUAAAUGGGUCAUUCUUUUAGAUAAUUAUAUGAAACUAAUUUUUCA